AUGCGUUCCAUUACCUCCCUGCUUUUGGCUGCGAUCUGCGCCGCUAUUCUCCUCGGCACAGCACAGAGCUCCGUCAUCGAGCCGAGACUAUACAAUGCCAUUCGUUUUCCCGAUCCCGUCGACGAUCCUUUUUACAAAGCACCUGCCAAUCUGGCCAGCCUGAGUCGAGGUGAGAUCAUUCGCGAGCGACCUGUCGACACGAUCGUCGGUGGCGCUGCCAAGUCGGCGCACCAAAUUCUGUACCGCACCGAAGACUCUGUCGGUGCUCCAGAUGCCGUCGUGGCCACCGUCUUUGCUCCGCACAAGCCAGCUCCCGGGUGAGUCGUGAUGCGGGCCAGCGUUGUUGGUGUGCGAUUGGUGUGGCUAAGCGACUUUCAUGUGCCAAUUGGGCAGCCCACCCAAAAUCCUUGCCAUUCUCUUGCCCCAAGACUCUGCUUCCUUUCAUUGCUCCGCCAGCUGGGCCCUGAUACCCGGAACGACGAAUCCGCUGAAUACCGCCGUAGUUGGAGCUCCAAAUCUGCCCUCUUUCUACGCUGCUCUGGCGCAAGGCUGGUACAUUGUAGCGCCGGAUCACGAAGGCUCCAAAGCCACUUUCAUCGCCGGGCCUGGUGCCGGUCGAGCUUCUUUGGAUUCCAUCAGCGCCAUUCUCCAACACAAACCCACCAUCACCGCUUCGACUGCUGGAUACACAUCGGCUGCAUACGGAUACAGUGGUGGAGCACAUGCAGCAGCGUGGACUAAUCAGCUCGCUUCGUCGUACGGCUCCAGCCUCAACUUUGCCGGUGCGGCGUACGGCGGUACCGUCGCUUAUCUGCGACCUGUCAUUGACCAACUCAACAAGAGCCCUUUUGCUGGAUUCGGUGGCGCUGGCAUCGCGGGUUUGGCCAAUGCUUACAAGGAGCUGGACGACUACAUCAAGACGGUUGUUCGACCCAAUGGCACCGCGGCGCUCGAAAGGCUUCGAGGUCCUCAAGGUUGCACUCACAAUGAGAUUGGCGACUUUUUCGGCAAGGAUGUCUACUCCUACGUCACGGUGCCCAAUGUUCUCGAUGAGCCCAUUCCCAAGAAGUACAUUGAGCUCAACAAUCUUGGCAAGGAUGUCUUGCAGAAACCAGCUUUCAUCUACCAUGCGGCUACGGAUGAAGUGAUCAACACUCAGCAGAUCAUCGAUUACUACAACGAUCAGUGCAAGAGAGGUGCCUCUUCCAUCCAGCUUGCCAUUGCGGACCCCAGCACGCACUUUGUGCCCGUGAGUGAAUGGCAGCGAGAGGCCCACGUCUUGCAUGUGCUGAAGUGAUUCUUCUCUCCUUCUCGCGGUUCCCUCUAGCUCGUGACUGGCCUUCCGCCCGCUUUCAUCUUCCUCAACAAGAUCCUCAACGGCAAUCUGGAUCACAAGGGCUGCUCCAUGACGCGAGGCCUCGUGCCUAGCCUUGGCAGCUCAGCAGCCAAGAAUGCACUGGGUCAGCAAGCAGUUGCUGCCAGUUUCGCAUUGCGUGGCACCAAGAUCGGCUCCGAGACCAUCAACUUCUGA